GCCGCCCCGGCACCGGCACCGGCACCGGGGGGCACCGGGGGGCAGCGGCACCGGCGGUGCUGGGCACAGGGAGCACCGGGAGACAGCGGGCACCGGGGCCCGGGGGGACACCGGGGCGCUGGGGGCACAAGCACCGGGCACGGGGGACACCAGUGGGCUCUGGGCGUGGGGGGCUCCGGGCAUGGGGGGCACCGGGCACGGGGGACACCAGCGGACCCUGGGCAUGGGGGGCACGGUGCAUGGGGGCUCCGGGCAUGGGGGGCACAGGGAGCACCGGGAGACAGUGGGCACUGGGGCCCUCGGUGACACCAGGGCGCUGGGGGCACAAGCACCGGGCACAGGGGACACCAGCGGGCUCCGGGCAUGGGGAGCUCUGGGCGUGGGGGGCAUCGGGCAUGGGGGGCAGAGGCACCCGGCGUAGCAGGGCACUGGGCGCGGCGGGGCUGCUUGGCUCCGGGCCACUGGCACGGCUAUGGGGUUGCUGGGACUUACUGGGGCCGGUGGGACGUGCUGGGGGCAGCAGGGCUGCUGGGGUUAGUGGCGCUGCCGGGGUGAGCAGGAUGCUUGGACUUUCUGGGGCUGGCAGGGCUACUGCGACUUACCAGGGCUACUGGGAGUUACUGGGCUUACUGGGACUCCUGGGGCUCCCAUGGAGCCAGGGGAGUAGCAGCCCCAUCCCCAAGCUCCUGCCUGGGAAGCGGGGCGCUGGGGGAAGCCCUGUGCCGCUGUGCCCGCGGUCCCUUGUCCCCGAAGCCCCCGUCCUGGCAGAGCAGCAGGCAGCGUGCGGGGGGGGGGGGGUUGUUUACAGGAAACCUUUGGCUCGGGCCCUGUCUCCGGCACCGGAUUGCCGGGACCUCCCGGUUCCGCUCGGGUCGGCAAGGCCACGGGCAGCGGCUGCCUCAUUUCCCCUUCCCCUCCCGGCCGAACCUAGGAAACCUUGGCACCACCCUGUCCUGCCCUCCCCGGGCACCCCCAGCCCGCGGCUCGGCCCCCACGGUGCCCACCGCCCCGCCGGGGGCGUCCGGGGUGCCCGCCGGCCCCCGCAGCGUGGGGGUCCCACGGGCCCGAGCAGGGGCACGACGCCAGGAGGAUGCUCCGGGGGAACCCAGGCGCAGAGCCCGGGUGCGCUCGGUGCACGAGCUCGGGGCCCCGCUCGGCACCACGGGCGCAGCGGGGCGGAUGGGCUUUGCCACGUCCCCCUGCCUCGGUUUCCCCGCGUGGCUCUGGCAGGCGGUUGGCGCCCGGUCCCUCCCCGCCGCCCUGCCGGCUCCCGUGGCUUGACGCCCCGGUGAGGGGCUGCGCAGAAGACAAUCCUGCCCAGCACAGGCAUGGGGCCGCCAGGGCCAGGGGGGGCCCCGAGGGGGUCGGCGUCGCCCCCGCGGGCUGGCGGGCAGCCGGGGCGGGCAGAGCCUGGCAUGAGGAGCCGGCGCGGGGCAGGGAGGCGCCGGAGAAAGGAGCCUUUGUGCGGGGCGGGCCGGGGGCGCCGGGGGGGUGGCGCCAGCCCCGAGCCGCCCGGGAAUGCGGCAGGAAUGCGGGGCCCCACUGCCCGCGCUGUGGGGCACGGGAGACCCCCCGCAAGUGCUCACUGCCCCGGGGGGCAGAUCUGCCUCCGAAAGCUCGGGGCGGGCAUCUCCCGCGGGUCUCGGCCAGGGCGGGAGGGGGCCGAUCCUGCCCCCUCCGGGCAGGGACAAGGUCUCCAGGUGGCCAGCGAGCCCGUGCAGGAGGCACCUGGGGGGAGAUCCGCGGUGGUGGGACCCCCAGAGCUCCCCGCGGUGGGGGCACCCGCGCCCGGCGCCCGCGGACCCUCUCCGAGGGCUGCGGGUGCCCCCGGUUCCUCCCGCAGCAACUGGUGCUCCUACGUGGUGACGCGCACGGUGUCCUGCCACGUGCAGAACGGCACCUUCCUCCAGCGGGUGCUUCAGAGCUGCCGGUGGCCCCUGGCCUGCAGCGGCGGCAGCUACCGCACCGUUGUCCGGCCCGUGUACCGCGUGGCCUACAAGACGCUCACGGCGCUGGAGUGGAAGUGCUGCCCCGGCCGCGCCGGCGCCAACUGCGAGGAAGACGCUCACAGCUACCUCGCGCUGCGGGACGCCGCACAGCCCGGCCCACCGCCGCGCCAGACCCUCCUGCGCCCCACCGCUUUCUCAGGGUGCUUGAACUGCAGCCGCCUCGGCGAGCUGACGGCCCGUCUCGCCAGCCUCGAGGCCCAGGUGGCCCGGCUCUCGGUGGCCGACCCCCCGCCGUCGCCGGCACCCCGGGUUGCCCCCCCGGGCCGGGGCCCUGGCAGCGGCUGGCUCUGGGGGGCCCCCGCCGCCCGCGGGAGCCCCGGCGAGGAAGGGCCCCCGGGUCCCCCAGGAGCGCCCGGCCGCGACGGAGCCCGAGGCCUCCCCGGAGAGAAGGGGGCCCCCGGGCUGCCCGGCCCCCCGGGCCCCCCUGGACCCCCCCGAGCCCCCGUGGGGCCAGCCAUACCCCGCCUGCCCAACCCAAGGGACCCGCUGCUCUCCAACACCGUCACCGAAGUGGCCGGGGGCAUCGUGGGCCCCGCCGGACCCCCCGGACCUGUGGGGCCCAUGGGUCCCCCCGGCCCCCUCGGGCUGCCCGGCCCCCCGGGACCCCACGGUAAAGCCGGAGCGCCCGGAGCCGCCGGCCCCCGCGGGGAGAAGGGAGACAGGGGCCCCCCAGGACCCCCGGGCAGCCGCGGCCAGGACGGGGCGCAGGGCAAGCCGGGCCCCCGGGGCGAGCCGGGUGACAAGGGCACGUGGGGGGAGGGUUUACACCAGCUCCGCGAGGCGCUGAAGAUUUUAGCGGAGCGGGUUUUAAUCUUGGAAACCAUGAUUGGGCUCUACGGCUCGCCGCGUCCCCCCCGGCCGGAGCCCCUGGGACCGCGUCCCCGGAGCUCGCUGGGAGCAAGGGAGCAUCCAGAGCCCCUCUCGAGCCAAGUGAGACCAUGGAGACCCUUGAUCCAAGAGGCCAAGGGAGACCCUGGAGCUGCCCAAGGACUAAUGGAGCCCUGGAGAAUCUCUUGGACCGAGGGAAACCAUGGAGACCUCUUGGGUCAAGGGAGACCUUGGAGUCCCUAAGACCAAGGGAGACUCUGGAGCUCCCCAAGGACUAAGGGAGCCCUGGAGAAUCUCUUGAACCAAGGGAGACCAUGGAAACCACCUUCAACCAAGGGAAACCAUGGAGACCUCUUGGAUCGAGGGAGACCCUGAAGCUCCCUGAGGACUAAGGGAGCCCUGGAGAAUCUCUUGAACCAAGGGAGACCAUGGAGACCAUCUUGGAUCAAGGGAGACCAUGGAGACCUCUUGGAUCGAGAGAGACUCUGGAGCUCCCCAAGGACCAAGGGAACCUCUGGAGCUGCUCUCAAACCAAGGGGGACCAUGGGGACCCUCUUGGAUUGAAGGAGACGCCAGAGACUCCCCUGGGACCAGGGGAGCCCCCGGUGCCCAGCCCCCUUCUCUCUGCUCUCUGCCUCCACUUUCUGGAUCUGCUUUUUUGCGGGGAGGGGGCUCCUUCCUUUCCGCGUGCCAGGCGGGGGGUGCCAGCCGGGUGCCAGGCAGGGGUGCCCCAUAGCCACCAUGAGCCGGGUCCCAAAACGACUCUCCCCAUCCCGUCCCCCCCCGCCCGCAGCUCCGGGCCGUAUUCACCCACCGGGGGCCAGCGCGGGGCCAGCCUGAUGCCGUGGGUGCCCCUCACCGGGGUGUCCGGCCAGGGGGCAGCAGGGGUCCGCGCGGCCGGGGGGGCCAGCGCAGGGCCUCACGCUGCCGCUCUCCUCUCUCCC